GUUUUAGUGCUCACGAUGCCACUGUUGCGACCAUUAUCGGCAAUUGUGGUGUGGCAGUUGCGUGAGUUGUCAAUCGGUUCUGUAUGCAUUUCAAGUUCUGGGGGUCAUACAGCAGCGGCGUUAUCGCUGGAUGGGCCAGCCAGUACAUCGGACGCCACCUGGCGAUCGUAAUUUUUACGCCUCUCAUCGGAGUGUUCAUUCCAUUAUGGGUUAUACUCACCUCAUUCUCUGCCCUCUCUGCUGGAACAUUCUGUAUCCGAGUUGGUGUUCAGGGCGCUUGGGGGUGCUUGUCACUCUCAUGCAAACUUACCAAAUCACCUAUAAGGGUGCGAAGUGGAUGCUGCCCAUGGUCCUCGGGGAAUAUUUUUAUGUUAUAGGUUUCGGAUUUCGCUUCGUUUUGCAUUAUAAUCCUGAUUCACUGGGGAUUUACAUCGCCGAAUACUUGAUGAUCGUAUUAUCUCCCUGUUUUUUCAUUGCCACGAAUUACGUUCUCCUCGGUCGUCUUGCCAGGGAAAUUGACUGCGUCCAUCGGGUCUUGCUUCCAGCGGCAGGAGCCUCAAUAACUACGUCCACCGUUUACAGUUCUGCUUUGACAGGACUUCAUAUCUUUUUGGCCGGCCUCGUUUUGCAACUGGUCUCCGUCAGUUUAUUCAGUGUCAUUUACGCACGAUUCCUCUACAAGGUCCACGCUGAAGAGCAGACCAUUUGGAUGCGAGACUCAAAGCAAUACUGGAAUAGCGACUGGCGAACACUCGCCGCUGCCGCAGCGGUCAGCUGUAUCGGCAUUCUGAUUCGUUCAUGCUACCGUGUUGCGGAGGUCGCUCAGGGGCUUUGACGGCAGCCUCAGCUCAAGUGAGACAGCCUUCUACCUGGGUGAUACGCUUCCCCUUUUUGUGGCCAUCGUGAUCUAUGUUCCGUUCUGGCCCGGAAGGUUCAUCACAGCCAAGCUAGCGCCCUC